CCGGCUCUACGUCUGAGAUAAACGCGACUUCAUUUCACUUCAGUAUCCACUUCGGCGUUGACCUCAAGUAUCCAGUUGUUCAUCUCUACCUCUUCAGGCUAAAACCUGAAAAGACAUCCCAGUUUUGUUGUUGCUUUACAUCAGAGUUUCCUGUGUCCAGCAUCUUCAAGACAGACUAAGCUAACUUUUCAUAUUUUUUGCACAUUUAUUAUUUAGGUUUAGACAGUACUGUUAGGUUAGGUUAGGUUAGGUUAGGUUAGGAGUAGAUUACAUUUAGUUUAUAUAGUUUAGCUUUUAAUGUUGUUACAGUUGUGAUAUUUUGUGAGUUACUGUUGUACAUUCUACUGUAUUGCAGGACCACGUGAGACGAGGAAGACUCGGGGAGGCCCACGUGUGACCAAGAAGACCAGGGCAAUAGUUUAACUGUUGGAAUUCCUUGUCUUGACAUUACAAACUUAAGUGUUCAAGAUGCCGAGGAAGGGCAAGCGAUCCCAGGCUCAGAAAGUGCGCUGGGCAAGGCUCGACCUUGCAGAUCCUGCCCCAGUUAGCCCAACCACUUCCACCCAUCAGAUGCCUGAAACACCUCCACCCACCAGCAGGCUAUGGGCGAUGGAAAAUGCACCCACCCCAACUAAUUCUCCAGCCUACAAGAUUCCCAAAAUACAGAGUCCUCAACAGUCAAAGAACUGGAUGACUUCUGGAGAGCAGAGAACAGAUGCACCCACCUGCCCCCGUUCUCCAGUUGAAAAGACACCCAAAGCACAGACGUCUACAGCGCCAAAAAGCUUCUGGGUAAUGGAUGAUGCACCCACCUGCUCCCGUUAUCCAACUACAAAGCUUCCCCAUUGGCCACACAAAGAACCUCAUAUUGAAGAGCCACAGCAAAGAAGAGGCAAACCGAUUUUUUCUGUGAGGGCGACCCACAGCCAGAAUGAUCACAGAUACAACAUUUUCAGCAGAAAUCAUCAGUGCACCUGCAUGGCUCUUACAUUUCUGGCCUACCACAGUGAGGGAUCACAGUUCAACACUGCCAAUCUUGACAGAAUGCUUGAGAUAGGAGACUCACUUUAUGUUGGGAUCAAAAGCCAGCUAGUGUCGGAGGGCCGAUAUGUUGAUGACCACCUGACUGUGGAGGAGAUGCCGCAGCAAGCUCUAACAGACAACAAUGUCUACAAUGUGCGCAUGUCUCCCAUAAGAUGUGGAUAUAUGAAGGCCCAAGGACAGCCUGGUGGCUGGUUGACUAUGGAGGCACAACUUCAGUCUCUGUCAACAGAUGUCAGCAAUGCCAUCUUAAUUGUAUCUCCUGAGUGCAUUGCCGUGUUCCGUGACAGAUCAGGACGAUACGGAGUGUUUGAUUCUCACUCAAGAAAUGCAAAAGGUUUGCCCUACCCUGAUGGAACUGCUAUUGUGCUGAUCUUCAGCCACCUGAGUGACCUCAUCAGCCAUCUGCACAGGCUGUUUGAAGACCGUGGUGUCAAUGCCAGCUAUGAGUUUGUGCCAGUUUCUUUUGACCCGGUCGACAAAUCCUGUGAACAUCAUGGAACAGAAACUGGUUUUGGAGAACAACUCCCAGAGAGUGAUGUGGAGGCAGCAAAAAUGCCUUCAGUCGUACUUCAACCAGAAACUAAUGCAAAAACCCAAGAAACCAAGUCACAGACCACUUCAGUUGUCACUCAGCAACACAACAAUGUUGAGGAAGCGGUAAAAAAUGUUGCCAAACUGGGCAAGCAACUGCGACACAAAUUUUUGCGCAGAGCAAGUAAAAGCAAAAAGACAGAGAACAAAUCUGGACAGGAAACCAAAAAGAAACUGUACAGUAUCAGAAGAUACAAGACAGAUUUGGAUUUUCAGACUCGACAGAAAAAAUACAUGGCCCAGAGAUAUAAUGAACAUCCUGAAGUCAGAGAGAAGAAGAAAGCAUAUGCCACUUCAAGGUAUGCUUGUGACCAGGAGUACAGGCAAAAACAGAAAACUCAUGUCACAUCAAGAUAUGCCUGUGACCAGGAGUACAGGCAAAAACAGAAAACUCAUGUCACAUCAAGGUAUGCAUGUGACCAGGAGUACAGGCAAAAACAGAAAACUCAUGUCACAUCAAGGUAUGCAUGUGACCAGGAGUACAGGCAAAAACAGAAAACUCAUGUCACAUCAAGGUAUGCUUGUGACCAGGAGUACAGGCAAAAACAGAAACAAGAUAUUCAAACCAGGUACCACACUGACCCAGUCUUCAGGCUGCAGCACAUCAGGCGCUGUAUCAAGCACAGAGGGGACAAGUCUAAAACAAAUGCUGCAUUUUACAUCCGUUACAAAAUGAAUUGUGCCCUGAGAAUCAAAAAGAAAUACAGACGGAAUGUAAUGUGCCACCAAACUCCAACACCCGAAGAUAAACCACAGCCUGUGAUCAAUCCUGUGAUGGAGGCUGCAAUAUCUUCAUUCCGGGAAAAGACUAAGCAAGGACCCACCUAUGUCUGUACAGUGUGCCACCGGACUCUGUUUCCUAAUCAAGUGAUGCAAUGCAACAGGACCAAAUACGUCAGAAACAGUGAUUUGGCUGCUGCUUGCUUAAGUGGUAAAUAUGUUCAUGUCUGUGACAUUGGGUGCUCUUCCACUUGCACCAUGCCACACGAAAGAAUGCAGGAGUGGAUCUGCUACAGCUGUGAUGACCACCUGAGAAGAGGAAACCUGCCAACUAUUGCAGUGGCAAAUAAAUUGGAGCUGGCACCAAUUCCUUUGGAACUGGCUGAACUGAACGUGCUGGAGAGACAGCUGAUUGCCAAGAUCCUACCUUUUGCCAAAAUUGUUGCAUUGCCAAAAGGUCAGCAAAGAGCAGUACACGGUGCUGUUGUAUGUGUGCCCUCUGAGGUAGAAGCUACAGUGAACUGUCUCCCAAGACCAAGCAGCGAUGCCCAGCUGUUGCAAGUUAAACUAAAACGACGCAUCAAGUACAAAGGGCAUCAGUACUUCUACACUGUCAACAUGAAGAAUGUGCUAGCCGCACUAGCGACACUCAAGGACAUGCAUUCGGAAUACAAAGAUGUAUCUAUUGAUCAAGGUGCUACAUUUAACAGUCUCCCAGAUGAUCUGCCAUGUAAUGAAGAACAGACACAACAGGACAAUGGAGAUGCAAGUGAGCAGGCUGACCAGUCUCAAAACCCAGAGAAAGAUGAACUUAGACCUGGUCUGGUCUUGGACUCUUGCAUGCAGCCACCCGACAUAGCACAAGAAGCGCUAUCUUAUGGCGAUGGAAUUUUCAGCGUUGCACCCGCCCAAGGAAAUAAACCUGUUGGCUUCUUUGCCAUACCUAAACUAGAAGCCAUGGCCUUCCCUGUGCAGUUCCCAACAGGCCAAAACACAUUAGAUGAGGUCAGGGAAAAAAAACUGUCACCCAGUAAAUACUUCAAUGCAAGACUGUUCUGUGUUGACACCCGAUUUGCAAGUGACCAGAGUUACCUGUUCUUUGCCCAGUUUGUGACUGAAACACACAUGGCUACAAACAGCAUGUCAAUCCAAAUGCGCAAAGGCAAACCGAUAACCAGCGAUGGGCGCAAAAUCUCCAGCAAGAUGCUUCAAGAUAAACAAGAGGUGGAAAAACUAAUAACAAACAAGGACGCAACACGCUUCAUGCAACCUCUGCGAGGCACUCCGGCAUACUGGGAAAAAACACUCAAAGACCUGAAUGCCAUGGUCAGGCAGUUGGGAAAGCCUACAUUCUUCCUCACAUUUUCUGCGGCUGAAAUGAGAUGGCCUGAGGUCAUAGAGGCAGUGAAAGCUCAACAAGGAGAACAAGUUGACUUUUCACAGCUCGACUGGAAUGCCAAAUGUGACAUACUUCGCAGCAACCCUGUGACUGUUAUGCGGCUGUUUGAGAAAAGAGUAGACGCGCUGAUGACAGAUCUGAUACUGUCACCUGCACAGCCCAUUGGAGAAGUAGAGGACUACUUCUAUCGAGUUGAGUUUCAAGCCAGAGGAAGUCCUCACAUUCACUUGCUGGUUUGGAUCAAAGAUGCACCCGAGUUUGGAGACCUGCAAGAUGACUCUGUAGUAAUCAAGUUCAUCGACCAGUACAUCACAUGCCAGAUGCCAGAUCCAAAUGCAGACCCAGAGCUGCACAAGAUCGUAUCAGAGGUUCAACUCCACAGCAGGAAUCAUUCAAAAUCCUGCAAGAAAGGCAAUGUAAUGUGCAGAUUUGGCUUUCCAAAACUUCCCAUGGACAAGACCAUCCUCACCUAUCCAACACCAGAUGACGACGAUGAUGAUGACAAUGACAACAAUGACCAACAACAAAGUGCACAAAAAAACAGACGCAAAGGCAAAAAGGGAAAACGAAAGAGCAGAGCUCUUCGGCUUAGACAAAAUGAGGCCAAGGACAAGCUACAAACGCUAAGGAAUUACAUUAGUGACCCAAAUGUCUCAUUCAACAACUUGUCUGAGCUGCUGGAAAAAUGCAACCUCACCUAUGAGGAAUACAAGAAACAUGUCACCAAUCUAACAAUGAGCAAUGUCAUUGUGCUGAAACGUCAUCCAAAGGAGUGCUGGGUGAAUGGAUACAAUCCAGAUCUGCUGAGAGCAUGGAACGCAAACAUGGACAUCCAAUUUGUGCUUGACGAGUACAGCUGCCUUAUGUACAUGAUGUCAUAUGUGUCCAAGCCGGAACAUGAGAUGACUGAGUUCCUUAACGAUGUCAUUCGUGAUGUGAAGAAAACAAACGUCAACGAGAAAGAUGAAAUGAAGCAGAUAAUGCAGGCAUACGCUAAACACAGAGAGGUCAGCGCUCAAGAGGCUGUAGCACGGACAUGCAGCUUGCCACUCAAAAAGUGCUCGCGAAAUGUGGUGUUCAUUCCGACUGACGACAAUGCAGUGAAGAUGAGUCUCCCUAUGAGCAGAUUAAAAGACAUUUCCCCAGAUUCAGACCAAGUGUGGAUGUCAGGCAUUGUAGAGAAAUACGCAGAUAGACCCAGAAAACCCGAAUAUGAAUGCUUGUGUUUGGCUGACUUUGCAUCUCGAUACAGGGCUGUCUAUGGACAACAGUCCAAAGGAAAAAAUGCAGUUCCUCUUUUGAAUGACAAAGGAUACAUUCAAAAAAGAACUGUGGGAAAGCCGGCCAUCAUUAGAUUUGCCCGUUCCUCAGAAGAGAAAAAUCCAGAAAGGUACUACGGGCGACUACUCAAACUGUACUUUCCACACAGAUCAAAUGAUGACCUGAAAAGCAAAGAAUUCCCCACAUACGAACAGUUUUACAAAUGUGGUCGUAAAUGGGGACGUGAAGUACGACCUCUGGUUGAUGUCAUGAAAAAAAAGUAUGAAGGACAUGGCCAAAAAAUUGAGAAGGCACUGGAAAAAAUUAAAGAGGAAGGCCUGGUCGUUGAUGCAUGGAACACCUUUGCACCCGAGGUUGAAGUGGAUCGUUUGGAGUGCAUCGCUGAACGAGAAGCUAUAAACCCCAAUAAUGACAACGAAAUGGACAACGUACCAGACUUCCAGGUGAAUCGUGACAGCAGUAUAGCUGUACCAGCAAUACAGGCACCAAAGCUGAGCCUGGACUUUGUGAGGAAGCUAUAUCAAAGCCUCAACGAAACACAGGCAUCCAUAUUUUACACUGUGCGUGAAUGGUGCCUCAAACGUGUCUGGGGUCACAAUCCUGAACAGUUCUUUUACUUUGUCAGUGGUGGCGCUGGCUGUGGAAAGUCACAUGUAAUAAAGUGCAUACAUGAGGAGGCAACAAAGAUUCUGCGCCAACUCCCAAGGUUCCGCGACCAAGGAGACAUGUCCACGCCUGCAGUGCUACUGACUGCAUUUACUGGCACUGCAGCCUUCAACAUCUCUGGCAAGACCUUGCAUGCAAUGUUAAAAUUGCCAAGAAGUUUGAAAGCACCAUAUCAGGGACUUGGAAAUGCACUGGAUGAAAUGAGAGCAAUACUGUCCAAUGCAGAAAUUCUGAUAAUAGAUGAAAUCUCCAUGGUUUCAAAGGAGUUAUUUGCCUACAUCCACUGGAGAUUUCAGCAGAUCAAAGGCAAAGGCAUGUCUCUUUUGGCAGACUCUUUUGGGAGACUUUUACCAACUGCCACCACUUGGCAAAGCAAAACCACUUUGCGUGUAUGAGGAGUGCGUGCUCGAUGUGUGGAAAGACAACUUCCAAAUGGUCAAUCUGACACAGAUCAUGCGGCAGAAAGAUGAUCUUGUUUUUGCAGAGCUUCUGAACAGGUUGCGGGUAAAGAGUAAGACAGACGCACUCAGAGACGAUGACAGAGCUUCACUCACCCAGACUGUCAUCGACAUCAAAGACUGUCCACUCGAUGCCCUGCACAUCUUUGCAACAAACAAAGAGGUUGAUGAGCACAACCGAACAACUGUAGCAGCUCUCCAUACCGAUUUUGUCAACGUUAAGGCACAGGACUACGCUAAAGACCCCACCACAGGUGAAAUGAUCAAGACAGGAGGCUUCAAAGGCAACAAACGAGACCUACCUGACUGCAUACAAGCUGCAAAUGGAGUACGCAUAAUGAUAC